CCAUAGUGUCACUUCUGCCCUCACACAGCGGAACCGAGCUUUAUUUUAGUCUCUGAAUGUCGCUAAACCAGCGGAGACGAUCCCUGCUGUGCGCUAGUAGAUGUAAUAUAUAAUGUAGCACCGUUUUUCAAGUCGUUUGCUUAUCAGGUGUGACAGACGAAGCCGAGUCUGGGAAGACCACUGGCUACGACUUCUUUUGAUUUGUCCUUGAGAUCAACAGCUUCAAACUGGCUGACAUGGAUGAACAAAGUGUUGAGAGCAUCGCUGAGGUGUUUCGCUGCUUCAUCUGCAUGGAGAAACUGAGGGAUGCUCGCCUCUGCCCACACUGCUCCAAACUCUGCUGCUUCAGCUGCAUACGACGAUGGUUGACGGAGCAGAGAGCCCAGUGUCCACACUGUCGGGCUCCGCUCCAGCUGAGGGAGCUGGUCAACUGUCGCUGGGCAGAGGAGGUCACCCAGCAGUUGGACACCCUGCAGCUCUGCAGCCUCACCAAGCAUGAGGACAAUGACAAGGACAAAUGUGAGAACCACCAUGAGAAGCUGAGUGUUUUCUGUUGGACCUGUAAGAAAUGCAUCUGUCAUCAGUGUGCUCUGUGGGGAGGCAUGCACGGUGGCCACACUUUCAAGCCUCUGGUGGAAAUCUAUGAGCAGCAUGUGACCAAGGUGAAGGAGGAGGUUGCCAAACUCCGCCGCCGGCUCAUGGAGCUUAUCAGUCUAGUGCAGGAAGUGGAGAGGAACGUAGAGGCUGUCAGGGGAGCGAAGGAUGAGAGGGUCAGAGAGAUCAGAAAUGCAGUGGAAAUGAUGAUCGCUCGUCUGGACAACCAGCUCAAGAACAAACUCAUCACCCUCAUGGGCCAGAAGACGUCCUUGACCCAGGAGACGGAGCUGCUGGAAUCUCUCCUGCAGGAGGUGGAGCAUCAGCUUCACUCCUGCAGUAAAAGUGAACUCAUCUCCAAGAGCCCAGAGAUCCUGCUCAUGUUCCAGCAGGUCCAUCGGAAACCCAUGCAGUCCUUCGUAACCACACCGGUCCCUCCAGACUUCACCAGUGAGCUGGUCCCUGCCUAUGACUCCAGCACUUUUGUUUUGGUCAACUUCAGCACCCUGAGGCAGCGGGCUGACCCAGUGUAUAGCCCUCCUCUACAGAUAUCUGGGCUCUGCUGGAGACUUAAAGUCUACCCUGAUGGAAAUGGUGUGGUCCGUGGAAACUACCUGUCUGUAUUCUUGGAACUUUCUGCUGGACUCCCUGAAACAUCAAAGUAUGAGUACCGUGUGGAGAUGGUCCAUCAGGCCUCCAGUGACCCAACCAAGAACAUCAUUCGGGAGUUCGCCUCAGAUUUUGAGGUUGGUGAAUGCUGGGGCUACAACCGCUUCUUCCGACUGGACCUUCUGGCCAGCGAGGGCUACCUGAACAUGCAGACCGACACACUAGUCCUCUGCUACCAGGUUCGCUCACCCACCUUCUUCCAGAAGUGCAGAGAUCAGUACUGGUACAUCAGCCAGCUGGAGUCGGCCCAGAGCGGCUACAUACAGCAGAUCAACAACCUCAAAGAGAGGCUGGCCAUCGAGCUUUUUCGCCGUCAAACAUCACGCAGCUCCUCGCCCCCUGACCUGAGGCUCGGUGGAGGCACCACAGCCUCUGAAAGAGACCCUCGCUCAGUGAAGAGUGACGAUGACAUCCAGGCCACUUUGACCAACACUAAGAAAGGCGAAGAGGAGGAGAGGACCCAGCAGGAUGACUCUAAUGAGCUGUCGGACGGUGACUUGGAGGUGGAUUGUCUGACAGAGGAGGAGGUGAACCCACUGGAUGGUAGCAGCACCUCAGGGAGCUCCACAGCCACCAGCAACACAGAGGAGAACGACAUAGAUGAGGAGACUAUGUCAGGAGAAAAUGAUGUAGACUUCAUUGGGAACCUGGAGACGGAGGAAGGAGAGCUUCCCGAUGACUUGGCCGGAGCCACAGGUGGUUCCAGCUCCAGUGGACGUUCAUUACUUCGCAAUGCUGCCGCUGGUCGUAGUGCGAGUAGUAGCGGAGCUGCUGCUUGUGGUGCUGUUGGGCCAGGCAGCAACAGCCUCCUGGAGAUUGACCCGGUCAUCCUGAUCCAGUUGCUGGACCUGAAGGAGCGCAGCAGCGUGGAGUCUCUGUGGGGGCUUCAGCCACGGCCUCCUGUGUCUCUCCUGCACAGCCAAGCUCAUCCUCACUCCAGGAAAGAACGAGAGCGGCGGCCUCAGGUGGUGCGACGAUCAGCUCCAGACUCAGGGGUCCUGAUCCGCCUCAAGGCUCAGAUGGCAGAAGUCCGUAGCAAGAUGUCUGAUGUCAAGAGUCAAGUGCUGGAGGCUCGGGGGACCACAGAGCCCAGGCCUGGCCCAUCAGGGGCCUUCAGCGUGGAGGAUGUACCCUCUCACCAUGCUGAUUCAGAGUUGCCAGCGUGUCGUAAGCCGAGUGAGCUGGACCUCCUGGGGAGAGCAGCUGUAGCUCGGUCCAGGCCCUGCCGCCCUGCCAGGAAAUCUCUCUCCCCUGUCCUGGACAGCAGUGGUUCUCUGGUUGUGAAGAGGAGGAGUCCAGAGGAGAUGGAGAAGGACCUGAGAGGGGCAGAGGCAGCCUCAGAGCUUAGCCUGCAUCCCAAAGACGGGCUGGGAGGUGCAGAGGGAGUGCUGAAGUCUGAGGGCACCCAGGGCCCCCUAGUGUCUCUUGGCAGUUCCUCAUCAGAGCAGGCCUCCACCUCCAAGCAGCAGUACUCGGUGGAGCAGCAGCUGUAUGGGACCUCAGGGCCAAAGGAUGACAUCUUCUCCUUGGGGGGACCAACCUACAUGACUGCCAGCAAGAACUGUGGCAGUAGGACCCUAGGGGCAGCCAUGUUGGACUGUGAAUCUGAAAGCUCAGGGAACUCCCAUCAGUCCUUGCUGGAGGGACCCGCUUUGCAGUCACAGUCAAAUGAAGAUCAGUCGCCCUCAGUCCUGGUGGCAGCAACAAGCAGUGACAGCGACACUGAGGACGAGGCCCUGCAGAGCAACAACUCUCGCUACGACAACCAGACUCCUCCCUGCACAGGAGAGCAGCUUCUGUCUGAUGACAUGAGUCUGCCUGCUGACAGGUGAUUCCCUCUCAGUCUGUCAGACCUGGCAACCCGCUGCUUUAUUCUCAGUGGCCACACAGCGAUGCAAUAACGGCCGGAGACAACACACAUGCUAGUUACACAGAUCUGUAGAGUAGAAGCUGCUUGUUUUGCAUGAACUCAAAAUGAAGACAAUUUAACAACCUGGCUGUUUGAUCACCUGUUUGUCCAGAAAUAGAAUCAUUUCUUUUGGUGUCCUGAAUAUUUCCAGAAUUGGACCACGACAGAAAUAAUGAUAAUGACAGGCCAGUUAAUUAACUUUUUAGAUGACAGGAUAAUAUCAAUUCAUUGUCUUUUUUAAGAGAGAGAACCAACAUUGCGAUUUUGCGACCUCUCUUAAAAUUGGACUUUGAUACUAUUUCUGUCUACACUCAGUGACUUGACUACUCAAUGUUGACCUCAGAAGUUUGAUGUUUCACCCUGCUGCAUUUACUGGUCAUCAUUUAGGGUUGUACUUGACUAUGACUACCACAGCCAUUUGUGCGAUGACUGAAUCUCUAAAAAUGUCAAGGGCAUGAAAACUGUUUUUCAUUUCACAUUUUACCUGGACUACAGGGCAUUUAGUCACUUAAAUUAACUUUAAACACAAGUCUGUUACCUUCAGUGUACAAAUGCUUUUGUAAAUUGGACUAAGUCUCCAACAUAUUUGCAAGUCUAAGGAUAAACUGUACAUAAUCUAUAGCCUGUCCAUAAGAGCUUAGUGUUUUAUAACCGCAUUCUGUUGUAUAGUUCGGUCUGUUUUGGGCUUCAGCCUCGACACCUUCUCAACUUCCUUCAGCCAUGCACCUCCCAGUAAAGGUACUUAAAAGACUUAAUUCAUUCCUCGAACACUCUGUCUUAGUGACACUGCAGCUUGUCAACUGCAUAAAUUCACUGCUUCCUUUCCUCAAGUAGCUUUCCUGCAUAUUUAUGUAAAUGCCUUCACCCUUAAUAACAGUUGCAGCGGCAACUGCAAUUUCUGUCUUCAUUUGACAUUUGAAAAAGGCUGAUUGAUCACGUCACAUGGAUUAUAAAACGGCUGCUGGCUAAAAGUUUGAAGCAUGAUGCCGAUCUGACACCAUAACAAUGUCCAUGUAGGUCUUUUUGCUUCGACAUCUGCUUGGACAUCCCUGACUGGAGCUACAAUUAUUCAUUCUUAUUAUUACUAUUAUUAUUAAUGUUAAGUUGUAAAAAUAGUUUGGCAUUUUGGGAAAUAUACUUAUUUACUUUCUGGCGAAGAGAUAUCACUAUCAUCGGUACACUAAAUAUAAAGCUACAGCUAGCAGCGGGAGAGCCUAGCUUAACACAAAGGCUGGAAACGAGGGUAAGCAGCUAGCUUGGCUCUGUCCAAACUUAGCAAGAUCCACAUCUACUUCUCCCUCAGAUCCUACUGUGUUGACAUGGAGGUAGUCUCUCCGGACUGGAGAUUAACACUAAAUCAAACAGCACUGCUUUCUACAGGUGGAAACUUUGAGCUAGACUGCACCAUUGGCCAAAGUCAGUUUUUUUUCCAUCAGAUGUCAAAUGCAAAAAUACCUGCAAUGGGACUUUUUCACAGCAGACAUUUAGAUCUGUCACAGUAGGAAAAGUACAGCUGUUACUAACAGAGUGAACAAUGGCUCUCUCAUAUAUAAGUAAGCCAUGACAUUUAACCAGCAUGAACAAUACCAGGACCCUGAAACUGAAGCAGGUAAAUAGUGUUCAUCUUAAAUUAAAGUUAUUAGUAACACCUGUUUUGUUGCUGUGACGCAUCAAAUGUCUGCUGUGGUCUGUACCUGGUUCUGCUUAUAUGUUCUGUUUGACCUCAGUACUCCCAGUACACAUGGCAAACACUGAUGAAAAAUGGUGCCCAUAAUAGGGAGAAAAUGUCACAUUGACAUGCUAUGUUACAGCUGAUGAAGUAGAGAACAGAAGAACGACAUGCUUAACAGACUUUUUUGCACUUUGUAAGACUGUUGUUUUACUCUGAAGUGGACCCUGUCCUUUUCAUUGAGCCAUAUCUUAUUUUGAAGGCCCCUUAAUAUUUUAGAUCAAAGAAAUUAUAUUAUAUAUAUAUAUAUAUAUAUAUUGUACGCUUCUACAGUCAUUAGUUUACAUUGUAAAUAUCUUGGCAUAUAAGCUUGCUGUACAUGUGCCUGAAAGUGCAUGGCUUUAUUGGCUGGAUUGAAAGAGGAAGGAAGUUGUUCUCACCAGACAUGUCAGGUCAAACAGAAAUCCAGUAAAGUAAAACUGAUGUUUGAAAUGAUUCACCUCUACAGUUCUAGUCAAGCUGAUCAUGUGAUUUCGACUUUUCCUGUGUUACUGUUGCUUCACAAGUUAAUUUACAUGAUGGAGGCGUGGGAAACACCGUUUAUUAACCUUUUCUCUUCUUUGUGCUUGUUGUGUCAAAAGCUACUUUUGUUUUUAACGUUCACAGACUGCACUGUGCAUUAUUUGGUGUGUACAUUUUCUUUUUGUGUAAUAAAUAAAAUGUUUUAUGA